AUGAAUAAUCGCAACGAGUGGGCCUACACCACCAAUAACCAGAAAGACUUCCCAUUCGGAUCUUCACCUGACAUUGCUACUCCGCAAGAUCUCAUUUGCAACCGUCUCAGGAGCCCUUGCAAUGCGCCGCAGGCCACUAUUGAUCGAUGCUAUGCCGCGAAGGAGGCAACUGCUGGUCUCACUGGCCAGGAAGCGGCUGACCUAUGGAACUCGCUAAUGACUUAG